CUGUUGUGUGUUUGUGUCUCUGUAUUCAUACGGUAAAAUGGCAGAAGCCAGAGUUUUUCAGGAUGAUUUCAUGUGUGCAGUGUGUCUGGAUCUCCUGAAGGAUCCAGUGGCCAUUCCCUGUGGACACAGUUACUGUAAGAGCUGUAUUACAGACUGCUGGGAUCAGGAGGAUGAGAAGAGAGUCUACAGCUGCCCUCAGUGCAGACAGACCUUCAGUCCAAGACCUGCUUUAGCUAGAAACACCAUCUUGGCUGAAGUGGUGGAGAAACUGAAGAAGACUAAACUUCAAAGUGUGGUUCCUGCUGGAGCUGGAGAUGUUCAGUGUGACGUCUGUACUGGGAGAAAAUACAAAGCCAUCAAGUCCUGUCUGGUGUGUCUGGAGUCCUACUGUCAAACUCAUUUUGAGCGUCAUGAGGAGUUUCAUUCACGUAGGCCACACAAAGUGAUUGAUGCCACUGGACGACUGCAGGAGAUGAUCUGCCAGAAACAUGAGAAGCUCCUUGAGGUUUUCUGUCGUACUGACCAGAAAUGUAUAUGUGUGCUGUGUACAAUGUAUGAACAUAAAAACCACGACACUGUAUCAGCUGCAGCACAGAGGACAGAGAAACAGAAGCAGCUGAAGGAGACGCAGAAGACGUUCCAGCAGAGAAUCCAGCAGAGAGAGAAAGAUCUCCAGCAGCUGAGAGAGGCUGUGGAGUCUCAGAAGCGCUCUGCACAGACAGCAGUGGAGGACAGCGAGAGGAUCUUUACUGAGCUCAUCCGCUCCAUCGAGAGAAGCCGCUCUGAGCUGAUACGGCUGAUCAGAGAUCAGGAAAAGCAAGCAGUGAGUCGAGCUGAAGGACGACUGGAGCGACUGGAGCAGGAGAUCAAUGAUCUGAGGAGGAGAGACGCUGAGCUGGAGCAGCUUUCACACACACAGGAUCACAUCCAGUUCCUGCAGAGUUUCCAGUCUCUCUCAGCUCUUCCUGAAUCUACAAAUGUAAAUGAAGAUCCCUUCAUUUCUCUUGUCUCUUCUGAUGAUCUGAGAGAAUCUGUCCGUCAGCUGAGAGACAAACUGGUGGAUUUCUGCAAAGAGGAGCUCAAGAAGAUCUCAGACAGAGUCACAUUCACCAGGACGAGGAACGAAUUCCUAGAAUAUUCCCAUCAGUUCACUCUGGAUCUGAACACAGCACAUAAACUCCUCCGUCUGUCUGAGAGAAACAGAGUGAUUACUUACACUGACAAAGUCCAGCCUUAUCCUCAUCAUCCAGACAGAUUUGAUGGAUUCAAUGCUCAGGUGUUGUGUAGAGAGAGUGUGUGUGAACGCUGUUACUGGGAGAUUGAGUGGAGUGGAGAUAAUGGUGUGUUUAUAUCAGUGUCAUAUAAGAGCAUCAGCAGGAAGGGAUUGGGUAUUGAAUGUUUGUUUGGACGUAAUGAUCAGUCCUGGAGUUUGUUCUGCUCUCCCUCCAGAUACUCAUUCAUACACAAUAUGAUAGUUACUGAUCUCCCUGUGAAGACCAUCAGCAGUAGAAUAGGAGUGUAUGAUGAUGAUGAUGAUGUUGAUGAUGAUGAUGAUGAUGAUGAGAUCAGUAGAAUAGGAGUGUUUGUGGAUCACAGAGCAGGAACUCUGUCCUUCUACAGCGUCUCUGACACAAUGAGCCUCAUCCACACAGUCCAGACCACAUUCACUCAGCCGCUCUAUCUGGGAUUUAGUGUUUUUUACAGAUCAUCAGUGAAACUGUGUUGAUGAAUCAGAAUAGAUUGACAAGAAAUUCUACCCAUAAUGCUUUGAGCUGCAUGAUAAAUCACUAACAUUGCUAUAACUGAUUGCUAACACACCAUAACUGAUGCAUUGAGCACAAUUUCCAAAAACAUUCAUUUAGUUCUCAAAACAGACACGUUUCUCAAAGCUUAUAACACAUUUUAGCUGUUUACACAUUCAAAUUUCCUCAAAGUUUUCAGUAAAACUCUACACAAAAAUGAAAACUAAAACUGCUGAUACACCAAUCAGAAUCGUGAUUAUGUGUUUUGAAUAUGCAUCCAAACACUGGAGAGAGAGCUGAAAGGAACAGAGUUUUAUACUACACAUACAGUAUAAUUGCUGUAAAAAAACAAAUCACUAUUCUGUGUACUGUAAAUACUGUAGCACAUAUUGUGCUCCCUCAAACUCGCAACUGUCAGAUUGAUUUGUGACCAAGUACUACUUACAUGUGCUGUAUUUUUGCAGAACUGAGGACUGUCUAGGGCAGUGCUUCUCAAACCUGUCCUGGGGACCCCAAACACUGCAUAUUUUAUAUGUCCCACUCAUUUACACACCUGAUUCAACUUAUCAGCUCAUUAGCAGAAAAUGCAAGACUUGAACUGGGCUCAAACCCCAGGACAUAUUAGAGAAGCACAGCUGUAAGGGAGGUAGAUAACUAAUUGCAAUUUCAGCUGAAAGCCAAGCCAGAUGUCCUAUUUUUAGUCUUCGUCUUCUUCUUCUUUCUUUCUUUCUUUUUUGCUGAGUUAUCUUUUGAUAAAAGGAUGGCUUCGGAAUGAUUUUGUUUGGAAACAUGGAUCAAGGAAGACACAUCGGUGGGGAAGAAGAGUGUCAGAGAGAUGGAGGAUUAGAACCCUCACAGUACUGAACAUCCAUCCAUCUACUCCACACAUCUUCCCAGCGCUUGUUCUAUGAAGGGUCAGGAGGCUGGAGCCUUUCCUGGGUCAUAGGCAGGACAACCCCCUGGACAGAUGGCCAGUCCAUCACACACAUUCAUAUUCACACUCACUACAGUUUCCAGGUCACCUGUCCUGUGUGUCUCUGGAUUGUGGGAGAAACCCAGAGGAAACCAACAUCAACACAGACUCCACACAGAGAGACUCCUGCAGCAGCUGGGACUCCAAUACUGCACAUACUUAAUUACACUAGACAUGCUAUUGAUGGGGUUUUUGUCUUUUAUAAAUGUAUUUCUUACAGUAAUUAGCUUAUUGCUUCAGGAAUUUAUUCUUUUUUUUUCUAAUUUUUAUUUUUAUAGUUUUUUUUUUUUUUUUUCACAAGUAAAUUUUGUGAAUGUUGAUGGGAUUUUGUUUUUGGUAUGUAAAGAUACAGUAUAGGGAAAAUGCUCUUUAUCUCAUUCAUUCUUUGUGGUGUAAUACAGUCAGUAAAAUGAAAAUAUGUUUUUCUUAUCCUAUAAUGAAAUACUUAUUUGACAAAAGAUAAAAUUUCAUAGUUUAUGUAAUGCUCUCUGUUAGUAUUUUUUAGAUGUGUUAUGAAUGAAAUGUAUGUUUUCUGAAUGAGAGUUGUUCCCAGUGUUAUGAUGAAACAAGCUUAUUUUGAGACCUACUGUAUAUGAAGUGUUUUGUUGGUCUGAGUGAGUUUCAGGGGUGAGAUCAACUGUUUGGCCAAGAUUCAUGUUGGUGAUGCAGACUGUAUGAACAGUUUUGAAAAUGUGGCUUCGAUAUUGAACAAUGCUUGUUAGUGAAAAAAAAAAAAGUAACACGUUAUAGAAACAAAAAUGAUGGUGUAUAAAAUUGAUUUUAAGAUUAAAAAUAGACAAUAAAAAAUGUACUUGACGGCGCUUCAACUCAAUGCGGCAGCAACAAUCAGGAAGUGACGUAGUGAAGAGUCAGUAAAUUAAGUGUUGUGUAAUGAGUGAUAAAAUGUGUUUGUUUGGUGAAAACCUUUGCUAGUGUUAUGUAAGAAUGACAUGAUUUGAGACAUUAAUGAAGUAUUUUGGUAAUGUUAGUGCAUUUUGAAUGUAAAAUGAACUGCUGUGUCAAGUUGAAAGAUGGUUUGGAGAACUGUAUGAAGAGUUUUGAAAAAGUGGCUUUAGUAUUGAGAAAUGUGU